AUGAGAUCAACCUCUUGGAAUCAGUACUUUACAGCCACUGAAUUGCAACAACACUUUCAAGUCGAUCAGAACGGUUAUUAUGUACCACCAGCAUAUAUCCAAGAGUACAAACGAUAUCGUUGUUAUUGUGGAUCAGAUCAUCAAAAUUUGCCAAAUUUAGAGCCAUUAAUUGAGAAUCCAUACUCCAAUGAUGGUGCUUUUGUUCCGAUUGAGGCAGGGAGCAAUAGAGGAAUUAGUCGAAUAAGUGAAGCAACUUCCACAGCUAUAUCAAAUAGCGACGGGGCUUCUGUAUGUCCCACAUUAACAGCUACUAGGGAGAAGUCAAAGAAUGCGGCUCGCAUGCGGCGAAGCAAUGAGAAUUGUGAAUACAAGGAACUCUCCCACUAUCUCCCUUUACCUUCAGAUGAAAAGAUUGUGCUCGAUAAAGCAUCUUCCAUCCGACUCACAACCAACUUUCUUAAAAUGAGAGCUCUACUUUCUUCAAAUAUUGUAAAGAGAGAAGAUCAAGAGGAAUUUCUUCAAAAUCUCCACUUAACUCCAUGGGAAGAAGGCGAAAUGGAUUGCAUUAAUAAAGGUAUCCCCUUGAUUUGUCUCCUUAUCUUAAUCACACCUUCUCCCAUAGAUUAUUCCUUUGUACGCCGAUUUGUUAUUAGGAUAAAGUGUCUCCUAACUAAAAGCAGAAAUUCUCUCAGUUGUGAGGGCUAUAAAGCUAUUCAUUUUGAGGGUCAUAUCAAGGCGAAAUUGGUUCAAAUCAAUGAAACUCUUGUUAAGCAAGUGCAAUACCUUAUCGGGGUGGCUCAUACUUUGCCUGUUGUGAGCAGAAUAUCCAUGGAGGUAAAAUUGAGCCGUGAUAUGUUCAUGUUUCGUGCUGGAUUGGAUCUGAAGCUCUCAUACGUUGAUGACCAAAUUGAAAGAUUAACCGGGUACCUGCCUAAAAAUGUGGUUGAAAAAUCCCUCUAUGAUCUGAUUCACUGUGGUGACGCAGAGGAAGUUUCAGAAGGCCACAAGACACUUUUAGAUAAGGGUCAGGUGAUAUUUAAACUGUUCCGAUUGCUAUGUUUAAACGGCGGAUGGAUUUGGGUCCAGGCAUACGCAAUAAUUCUGAGAGGUUCGGGGGUGUCUAAACCAGACUUUAUUGUCGGGUUUGCUAACGUCCUAACAGGCAUUCAAGGAGUUAAUAUGAAGUUAGAUGUAUGCCAACUUGGCGUUGGAGCGGAGAGAUCAUAUGAAAAUGAAAUUGUGCCAAAUAAAGCCCGCCGGAAACGCCGAUGCCCUGCAUUCGAAUUGGAUGAAGAUAGCACACCAGAGAGCUACUCAAUUAGCGAAACAAUAUUCACUGAGAGAUUUAGCUCCAACUCCGAUCAUUACAAUCCAAACAAUAGCACUAUGAAUCCUAAUUGGACACAUUAUCAUAAGGUUCACGAGCCAACUAAGUCGAGACAAGGGAUAAGUAUUGAUACAGCGCAUUCUGAAGGAAAUACUGUGAAUCUUCCACCUUCUUUGGUUGUCCAUAGCUUCAUGGAACAAUUGAGUAUUAAAACAUCCGCAAAUUCCACUUGCCAUGGGAAUUGGUUGUAUCCUCUUCAUUUUCACCGUCAAUAUUGA